AUGGCUACCAUGGCUUCUACCCUCCCUUCCCCCCACGUAUUCCUCGCCAUAUGCAUUUCUAUUCUUCCUAUAUCUAUAGUUAUAUAUCGCUUGUAUCUCCAUCCGCUGGCAAAGAUCCCAGGUCCUAGACUUGCUGCUAUUACAAGUCUGUGGUACGUGUACCAAGUGAAAGAGGCACGCAUGCUCAGUCUAUAUCGAGAACUACAUAAAAAGUAUGGGCCGGUAGUUCGGGUCAGUCCCAACGAGGUCUCAUUUGAUUCCAAGGAAGCAUACGAUGAAAUAUAUACUCACGAGAAGAAAUUAGCUGGAAAUCGAUAUAUUGAGAAGGGCGACUUCUACUGGGCUCUCAGCAAUAAUCCAGGACGAAUUGAUUGGCGAUUCCGCCGCCACCAAGGCGAUGCCUUUGCCUUUAAUGGUGAGCUGAAUAUGGAAAGGUACCGCAGCCACCGCAAGAGCAUCGGCCAAACGUACUCCGCAUCGUCAGUCAAAAAGUACAGCGAGCGUAUGGAUGCAGUGAUGGAGCGGUUCAUCGCCAAGCUGAAGGAGCACGAAGGACAAGUUCUCGACCUUACGAACUGGGUUCAUCUGGUCAUUGUCGAGCUUCUAGGCGCUGUCACGUUGAACUGGUCUCCUGGCUUCAUCAACGACGAAACCGACCAUGGAUAUCUGCUUAAGACCCUCGGCUUUUGGCGCGAGGUGACUGCUCUAGGAGCUCUCCAGUACUUCCUCCUCGCUAUACAUAAGUGGCCUUCGAUACGGCCAAUGGUGGAUAAGGUGUUUGGCCUCCAGGUCAAGCUGCCUGCUGGCUACGUGCCUUUCGAGCCGAGAUUCGAAUCCAUCAUCAAAGACCGCACCGCGGCUUUCCUCUCAUCCGAAAAACGCGAUAAACCCAGCAGCGACGCAUCGCCGCCGCCAGACAUGCUGUCCGAGCUCCUCCACGUCACCACCAAACGGGCCAACUGGACACCCGCGUACGCCUCCACGAUGGGGUCCGCCAACUUCAUCGCCGGCCACGAGACCACGACCUCCAUCGCCACCUCGGCCCUCUUCCGCAUCUUCUCCGACCCCGCCAUCCAAGCGCGCGUGCACGCCGAACUCGACGCCAACACCAACACCAACACCAACGACGACGACGACGACGCCUGUGUCUACACGCACGCCUGCAUCAAAGAGGCCCUCCGCCUCGACACCGUGACCUCGCUGCCCCUCUGGCGCAAGGUCCCCGCCGGCGGCCCCCCGCUCGCGCUGCACGGACACGCGAUCCCGCCCGGCACCACCGUCGGCGUCAGCAUGCCCGCCCUGCACUCCAACCCCGCGGUCUUCGGCGCCGACGCAGGGACGUUCAGGCCGGAGCGCUGGCUCGAGGGGGACCACCGCCGCCGCCGCACGAGUCUCGCGUGGGGAGGCGGCGCGCACACGUGCCCCGGAAGGAACCUGGCGGAGAUGAUGCUGGCGAAGGUGGUGCUUGGGGUGUUGCGCGGGUUCGAGGGGGAGGUGGUGGGCGUGAGGGGGGGCAGGGAGAUGGGCAGUUUUACGUAUGUGGCGAUGCGUUUGGGGAUUGAGGUGAGGUUUUGGGAGAGGGGGAAGGGGAGCGUGUAG